AUGCUCGUACAACAGUCUAGUGGGAGGGCAGGAGCUCCACAGCACCUCACUGCCACCGGCACAAAAUCGACGACGGCAGGCGUGACGACGGCGGACACACACAUUCCGCCUGCACCGGCCCUCUCUAACCCUGCCUUGAUGAGGGACAGGGCCGAUGAGCACACGGCGGGCCGACCGCGGGGAGGAAUCUCGUCUUUCGGUCCGGCAUGCCUAACACAUGCCAAGGCCCAUGGCCAAGACAAAAGUCACCCAACGGACCGAAGUCGAGAUCCCGCCCGCUGCGGCAACCUGGUCGUCAUGUUCAAUCGCCGGCACCAGCACAUGAGCGCGAUGAGACUCUUGGAAGAGGAGCUGCUCGAGGUUGAGUUCCUGGUGCAGUGCCUCAACGAGAGAGCGUCGUCCAGCACCCACAAGAUCCUGAUCUAA